AGCAUCAGCAAAUGGCAGUGGCUGGCGCACUGUGUGUGGGCGAAAAUGAAAUAAAAUUCACAAUAAUCAUCCUAGAAGUCGUACGGGCCGUUCUCCAAAACAAGCCAUUGCAGCCAUCCUAGACGAGGCGGGGCAGCAGAAACUCCGAUAAUUCCACGAGCUUUCCACAAACCAGAAAGAAGGGUUUCCUUGUCCAAGUAGUCAGCGAUAAGCAGCAGUUGCUGAGAUCCAGAGAAAGCACUCUUCAGGUGGGCAUAGUCUUCUUCCACCUGGUACCCACGUCACGCACGCGCAAGCAUAGCAACAAGAAGCACCUGCUGAGAGUGGUGGCAGUGAUGUCUCAGUAAAGAGCUAGCACCAGUGACAGCCGGAGCCUCACAGCCGUACUUGUCGGCGCGUGUCCCGGACCCCGGCGCUGAGAAAUGUUGAGGGUGCCGCUAUGGACAGUUCUGCUGCUGGCGUUGAGUGGAGCCUGCCGGCCCACCUGCUCACAGCAGCCUGCUGGUGACAUUCAUCGGACUCGCACCCCCUUAGCCCUGCUCUCUGAGACCCCCAGACGACGGAGUCUCGGUGACGUACACCUGAUUCAGGGCCGACGGAGGAUCGCUAGGUCCUUCCACCCGGAAGUUAACGGGUUACUGUCCCGGCAGGAAAGGCCGUGGUGGGCUGGGGUACUUCCCCCUCGCCAGCCGCGGAACAACAAUGAUCCUUCCCCACAAAAAGAAGAUGCGUCAAUUUCAACUGCGGUUCGUCAGCCCCGAGGCACGCGGAAGUAUGAUGUACCCCAAAUCGAAUGCCCGCCAGCUGAAGAUGGAAUUGAACGUUUCGCUUGUCCCACAGCAGACACAAUGGGACGAUACCGCUGUAUAGAUGACCACGUGCUAUGUGAUGGCUUUAUUGACUGUCCUGAAGGCGAAGAUGAAGAUAGAAGAUCCUGCAUGUUUUAUAAAACGACAAAAGCACAUCUAGAUGUUCUGGCGGAUGCGUUAUUACGAUGGGCUAGAGGGCGCUACUAAUCGGUGCACAAGAAACGUUCCCUAUCGGCGUCCAAGGGUGCAAGUAUUGCCAUUGAGACUACUCCAUAGCUUCUACGUUGUUAUACCUUUUUGUGACUGAGUUUACUCUUUAUGUCCGAAAUUAUCUUGUUAUCCUCCGUUGACCCAGCUCCUACAUACUGUCGUCGCUGACGUCAUCAAGAGGGCUUCUACUAACGGACCUGAAAGAGACUUUGCCGCUGCAGACAAACCUUGUUAAGUCUACCUGGUUUCUAAGUUAUAGGCGUUGGCUGGGCUCACGUUACUUCUCAUUUGCCACUAUUUUUUUAUCUUGCAGCUUAAGAAAUUAGUACAAGACAAGAAAAGGCAGUCUUUAACAUACGAGCGAUUGGUGAAAUACAGAUAUUUAAAACAUCUUGAAGUUCGACAAUCGGGACUUUUAAUCGCUUUCAAUGGAAAUAUUUUUGUACUUGUUUUUGACAUUUUUCUUCAAGAACUUCUCCACAUAGUAAUCUAGUCUUUAUAAUUUAAACAGAAUAUUGUUUUGAGACACGUGACAAAAUACUUCUUUAGUUGUAUCUUCUUCUUCUUUAUCGAGGUAGAAGUAAAUCCAAAUAUAGAUAUUGUCAAAUUUUCACGGUUAUUACUUCGAGUUAGCCCUAAAUUGAAGUGAAGAGUAAGUUUUGAAAUAUAAUCAGAAACAAAAGAUAGUUUAAAUUGUCUGACGUACAAACAACUGUAUAUGUUCACGUGUCUAUUAUACUUUUUGGCUCUAAUCUGUAAAGUCGUGGAAACAGUAUGGUAAUUUUAUCUUUAUAGUACCUGAUUUAUGUAUUUAUAGUAAAAUCUGGUCUAUGCUAAAACUAAAGGCAAUCUUUUUGUCACAGAAGAUGUAGGAUUACUUCCAAAUAGCUACUAUCUGUUGUUGGUGUAGUAAUGAAACUUGUUAAGAGUGCUCUGUGCAGACCGCUGAAUUCAACGAGAACCACAUUCCAUUGUAAACUAUCUACACAACACAGAAUUUGAGGAGAAUGAUGCUUAUAAUAAGUUAUGGUUUUACAGCAUAUAAAGGACCAUUUGCCAAAGUUAAAACAAACACAUUCCAUUAUUGGUUCACUUAGAACCCACUCAUACUUCCUAAUUUAGCAGAAUAAUGCAUGUAAAGAACUUGCUUUGAAUAGUACCUCAAAUCGUUCCGUGUCUCCAAUAGUCAAACUCUGAGGUCAGGAGUCACAUUUUUAUAAAACUUCUGUAGUCGCUCUGAAAGACUUUUUAUUAAUUUAUAAUUUUAACAAGCAUGUUUAGAACAAGAAGUGAUUCAUUGUCUACAAAAACAUUGUUGACAGUCGUGUUAAAAGUAUGAGUUGGUUCUAAUCGGUGAGUGAAUAAAUUAUGCUAAUCAGUGAGUAAAUAAAUUAUGCUAAUCGGUGAGGGAAUAAAUUAUGCGAGUAUUAUUUAUGAGCCGAACAAAAAAUAUGCGUUUGUGACCAGGAACCUUAAGAUAAUAAUGCAGCUUCUAAAUACCUAAAAGUCAUAUUGCUGCAAGUAACUACCGGACGGAUAAAAAAAAAAAAAAAAAGGUAGAAAUGAAUUUCAAAGCUUAACCACAGAACGAAAAAAACAAAAACGAAAAGGCUAAUUAAAACUUUCUUUUCGUGUAUCAUUAUAUGGUUGAAAAUCUCAUUGUGUUAACGAUACUUUUUAUCAUUUUUGUCAAAUAAUUUCUACUCUUGUUAUGAUGAAUGAAUAUUGCUUGUGUCCCUUUGAUUGGGUGUUAAUAGUUUCUGCUAUGGAUAAGGAUAGCGACUUGCAUGAGCUGGCGUUCACCUAGAAAUGACCCAUGUGUUCAUCUUCCCACAGAAUGAAUAAUAACUACAAUUAUUAUGAUUAUGUGAGACAAAACUAUUUUAUUCAAAUGUGUAUGUCAAAAUGUGCUGUGACAAAUGAGAACCAGCCUUCACGCCGUGCAGCUGAUAUCUUGACGUGUUCCGUGUUCGAUGUUAAAAUAUUUAAGAGUUUUAAAAAUGUAAACAAUAAUUGCCAGUUGAUGUUAGCCCCCGCUAGAUAAAUAUAUAUAUACAGUGGGUAGGAUCCGAUAUUAAACUAGAUGUCAAGUUGUACGUUCCCUUAGGAACUGAAUUCAAUUCCAUUGCAUGGAUGGCAUCCUUAAGUCAGGACGUUUUUACAAUCCGUUUUUAUUUGUCUUCUCACUCUUCUUUAGUGAGUUCUACUUUUUGUUGAAAUUUCAGUAGUUUCUAUAUUUGGUAACAAUAUUUAUUAAUUCCCGAUAUUUAUGAACAGCGUUCGGAUAAUUUUAACUACCCCCCCCCCUCCACUAGUUACUUUUGAUCUCAAUUUCAACGAACUCGUUUCCAGCAACUUACAUCAUUCGGUUUCGGUAAAAGUAUUGUGUUUUAUUUUACUUUCCUGAACUGACUCCCGAAGACCUGAAAGUACGUACAAUCAGGUUUGAGAUUUAUUCAUAAACGCAGUGUGACUUUGCCGCUAGCUAUCCUAUUAGUGAAUGUAUUACACGUGUUUCACAUUGCAGUCAGUGGGCUUGUUGCUUGAAGGUAAAUACUUGAACCUGUGGUCAAACAGUACAAAAUUAAAUUACAUUAGCGACACGAGACUAAAAAAAAUAAGUUUUUUAUUAUUAUCUCCACAGAGUGCGAAAGACAGUAUAUUUAACAUGACGAAAGACAUUCUUCCCUUGUAGCCAUGAUUAUUUAUAAUCAAAAUGCUAUGUAUUUCGUCUAUUCUUGAUAAGCUUUGGUAUCACCAGGAAUUCUCCUACUUCUGUCUUCUGUUUGUAAAGGACAUGGUUUCCUCUUCGAAACUUCUUCUGUCCACCUACAAAAAUAAUUCAUGAUAUUACAAACUUUGGGAAAACUUUUAACAAAAUGUUUUAUGGUCGUUUUUAUCAUGCAGUUAAACUAUUUGUCUGAAUAACUUCUUAAAGGUAAUUAGGAUUCCAUGUUUUAGAAAAACAAAAGUUAAUUUUUAUGCCAAUUUCAUCAGUAAUUCUUGGAAAUAUGUACAUGUAAAAAAAGGCUUAAAUAACCAAAAUUUUUAAGGUCUAAAUAGAAACUGCAAACAUCAGUCUGCUAGUUUUGUUUUACACUGAAGUUACCAUAUUUACCGAUACGAGUAUGUGGAAGUAAACCCAAAUAAAAUAUUCAGGAGCUUUCUCUCUCUCUCUCUCUUUAUUUUUUCUUUCUUUACAAUUCAGAGCUUCGUGGUUUCAUGUUUAUUUAUAUGGGGGAUUUGUGGCGUGGCAUUAUUGAAAGUUGACUGAAUGAGACGCGUGGUUAAGUAGCAUCAGUUCUGUGUUGUAAAUAAUGUUAUACGGAACGUUUUAUUUGGAAGAUCCAUUGACGAACCUACCAAACCAUUCUGAACAAUAAUGUCAGAAAGGCGCCUCUCUGUAUUUUGAUAAUGAUAUUUGUUAAAUAAUCCUUUAGCAUGUUCUCUUUCUCCGUGGUCACAAGAAGUUAGAUGAAAAUAUAACUAGUUUUAAGCAACUACUGUAUUGCAUAAAUGCCAACUUGGGAGAAACAUCUCGGUCAGACAAGUAGUUGCUUCAGCAAUGUUGUGAGAUUAAAAAUGGUAAAUCAUGAAACAUUAUAGAUUUGGUUGUUUAAAGUAUUAUUAGCAGAAACUGAACAGAACGUUUUGAUGUUUAAAAAGAAAGUACAAACAACUGUAGUAUUGAACAUUGGUUUGCAAGAAAAGUAUAUUUGGGGCUCCAAAGGUUGAACGUGACUUUAGAAUGCAAUUUUGAAAUGUACCAACUCUAGACUAAAAAGGAGUUGUGAAGUUGAAUGUUUUCGGUAAAGGUUAAGACAAGUUUUUCGUUGGUAUCCUCUAAUAUUCAAAGGCAUUUCUCGUUGGCUUGGGAAGAUCUCUUGUUCUUUUAGUUUUUAUGUUUUGGGAAAAAAAAUCUUAAACUUAUUAACCAAAUAUUUAGUUUUGGGGGCUCUAAUCAAGCUUACUUCUACUUCUUCACUCUUCAGAUGUAUCUCACGAACGUUUUUGGCCAGUAGCUAAAGCCCUUGAGACCCAUAAACUGGUGACAGGUUUAUUCUCCCAACUUUCUAAACACGCAUGUUAAAGAAAAAUGCCGAUUUCAAGGCAUUAUUUGAACGAACAUUCCCUUCUUCGACUACCUGCUAACUGCAACUGUGUAUCCCGUCUUUGUAAAUGAUUUACUUGAUAAAUUUUCGAGCCUACCAUACAAGAUUGCAUUUAAUAUUUUAUUAAUAUUAACCUACUUGAGACAUUCUUGGUCACUUGUUAUUUAUUGUAAACUUUUGUAAAGGUUUAAAUCUUAUUAUUUCAUUGUUUUACAAAGAAUGCGUGUGAAAUUAUUCUGUGUAAAAACCUCGCUAUGACGUGUAAUUGUAUAUUUUGCUGAUGCGACAAAAACUUAAGAAACUGUACAUUGAAUCGGAGAUAAGUUAUAUAUGUAUAUAAUUUGAAUUUGAUUUUCUUAUACUACCAGACUGUAGGAAUGCCAUCCUUUUGUCUUACUCUCUGUCGGGUGCCG